AUGGGCGACAGCCAGCUAAUGAAUAUAUGCUCAGUUGGCGGCAAUCCCGUCUCUGCCUUCUUAUCAUGGAGGCUACAGGCUACUAACGCCUGCGACGUGACCUUGGUGUGGAAAUCAGGAUACGAACAUGUUGCUCAAUACGGCAUCUCAUUCAAAUCACCUGUUUUUGGCAACGAACGAUUUAAGCCUCGCCAUGUUGUUCGGAAUCCAGAAGACGCCGCUCAUGCUCGAGAGGGUCCAUUCGAUUAUGUUGUAUUGUGCGUCAAGGCACUUCCCGAUGUCUACGACCUCGCUGCCGUUAUCGAUUCCGUUGUCACACCUCAACACACAUGCAUACUUGUCAAUACAACUCACACAUUAGGAGUGGAAGCAGCGCUGGAAGAACGAUUCCCUACAAAUGUGGUCCUGUCGCUUGUUUCUGGUGCAGAGCUUACACAGCUUGGACAGAGCGAAUUUGAACACAAGGGCUCAACAGAAGUAUGGGUUGGACCUGCCAAUAGAAACAGCAACAUACCCCAAGCGAUCCAAGAAGACAUGGCUCAGGCAUUGGCCAUGACCUUGAGUACCGGUCAAGUGGAUUGCAAGGUCUCCUCGAAUAUUCGCCAACAGCAAUAUGAGAGAGUAAUUGGCCCAAUUGCCUUUCACCCUGUCUCUGUUCUCUUUGACACGCCGAAUCACGGGGCCUUACUAGAGAAGGUUGGAGUUAGAGACAUGAUUUCCGAUGUCAUUGAUGAGCUGUUGCGCCUAGCUGAUGCAAACGGCUGCAAGCUCGCCCCAGACUUCAAGCAACGGACAAUGGAUGAAAUGACGAAGCCCAAUUUACCCGAGAGCAUUAUGUGGCAAGAUUACAUGGCAAGGCGACCCAUGGAAAUUGAAACAUAUCUAGGUUCUCCCGUCAAACUAGCUCGCGAUUCCCAGGUGCCAGUUCCUCGGAUAGAGACUUUAUACGCCGUCCUCCACAACCUCAACAUUGUAAACCGGUCUAGGCCCAAGCCCGGCGAAGGGCCUCCAACAAGCAUGAUGCCCCCCAGCUCACCCAUUUCUUCUCCACAGUCUCGAUCCGUUUCUCAGGCGGGUCAUCGCCCAAUGAUGGGUGGUAUGCCAAAUGGAAAUGGCAUGCCACCGCGACAACCUCGACCCAGAAACUCUUCAAAUUUCGGGCCUCCAGGUAUGCGACGACCGCCUCAGAUGAAUGGUGGUCCGCCAAACGGUUACCCUCGUCCUCCACCGUCAAUGAACGGUGGCUCACGAGCACCAUCACGACGCGGUUCUAUGGACGGCAAUGACCUCGAAGAGUUCUCGCAUUUAGUUCUCUACGACGACAUACCAGAGGGACAAGAACCAGCAUUUGGUGGAGAUUCAGAUCUAGUUUUGCGAGAGCGGGAGCUCCAGCUUCGCCAGCGGGAGCUUGCCCUGCGAGAGCAAGAAAUGAGAAUGAGACGUGGCCCUCCUCCUGGUCCUCGCCGGGGACCCCAUCCCAUGCGCAACAGCCAACAAGUAUUCGAUGACGAUGACGACGACGACGAUUUCUUCGACCCAAUGGCGUCAACUGGAGCACCAACCAUCGACCCUGAUAACUUUGACAUGAUGAGUGUAACGUCGAGGAAGAAUCGUAAGGCGUCUAGCCAGUCUGCGUCCCAGUUUCGCAGAAACCCGGACGAUGGCCCGCCGCCUUCUCGAGGAAGUCGAUUCCGCCCUAGUUUCGGACGAAACCGUACCAGCCAGGUUAACCACCUCCCUUCGAUGAAUGACAACAUUUUAGACGACCCUAUGUUAGCCUUUACAUCGAAUCGAUACGGCGCAGUUGACAGGGGCACCAUGGGUGGAAGCUCUCGUGCCAACUCGCUGACAGCUUCAAGGUUAGAAGACAUCCCGUACGGACCAGCACCAGGUGGUCCGCCAGGAAUGAAUGGUGCAUACCCACGUCGCGCAAGUCAAUCGCCUGGCAACCCGUAUGGUCCACCACCUAUGCGGGGCGGUCGUCCUUCGCCCCCCAACGGCUACGCACCUUCGAUGAACGGACGGCCCUCGCCACCAGACGGGGUGCGACAACCUGUUCCUCGCUACCCGCCGGGGCAAGGCAAUUCAAUAGCUCCCCAGCAGGUAGAGCAGCAUAUAGGGGUGAGCGCCCUCCAUCCACCUAAGCCAAGAAAUGUUCGUAGUCUGACGGGUAGUGCGAGCGCCAGCGUGGGCAGUGGUGAAGUCGACUCGGAGCAAUCUGCACAUAGCAGUCAGAGCAGCUUCCAGAACGCGACGUCGAUCGGAGUCCGUUAA